AGCAUCUAGAAACAUCGAGUGGCAACUCCAGCGAUGGCGUCGCAAGUUGGAGCCAUUAACUCGGUGAAUGCACUCAUUUCGAGGGUAUUCGUUCAGCCGAAAGGUGAUUUGGCCGACCGUCUCAACUCGAGGGUCACAGUUGUGAUUCUUGCCGUGUCAUCUGCACUUUUAUUAUCAUCUCAUUUCAUUGGAGAUCCGAUCACCUGUUGGACACCAGCACAGUUUAAUGCUCAAUGGGUCAACUUUGUGAACCAGUACUGUUUUGUGCAUGGUACGUAUUUUGUUCCACUCGACCAGCAACUAGCCUUUGAAGAGGAAGAACGAACAAAAGUUUCAAUUCAGUAUUAUCAGUGGGUGCCGUACGUAUUUGCACUUCAAGCCUUUUUGUUCUACAUUCCAAGAUUUAUAUGGAAAGCAAUGAUUGCCUACAGCGGCUACGACUUGGCUGCUGCCGUAAAGUAUGUCGACCGUUUCUGGUCCGAAAACCGUGACAAAGACGACAAAUUCAAAACUCGGCUAGCAGCUUUCGAAGGACGUCCAUCUGUAUACAUUUGGGAUGGAAUCCGUUUGGCACGAAAGAAGCGAAGCCGAAACAUGGCACUUUUCUAUACCCUGUCAACUGUAUGGCAGGCAGUGAAUGCUUGGAUUCAAUUUUAUAUUCUCACUCAACUUCUCGACUCAUCGAUUUACACCCUUUGGGGGCCAUCGAUUCUUGGUGAUUUGCUUCAAGGAAAUGAUUGGCAGACUACUGGACAUUUUCCAAGAAUUGUUCAUUGUGAUUUUAAUAGAAGACGGCCGGCUAGUGUACAGCUGGACACAGUUCUCUGCGUUCUCACUCUCAACAUCUACUACGAGAAGCUCUUCAUCUUCCUCUGGUUCUGGUUGGUCUUCGUCGCAGUUGUAUCAACUGUCAACUGCUUCAAAUGGAUCUAUUACCUGUGUAAUAAGACAAAGGCCCAGAAAACAAUAAAAAAUUACCUAUCAACUGCUCCAAUAAAGUCAACAAUCAGUGAUGAUCAGUUCUUCAGUGCACUUGGAGAAGAUGGGCUUUUCAUUAUGGAUCAAAUGGCUCUUAAUUUAGGAGAUAUUCCAGCUAGUUAUUUAACAAUUUCGAUGCGAAAUAUCUGCCAAGAUUUUAUCGAAUCCGAAGACUACAUCGACGAAGAACGGACCCCAUUUGUCAAAUCGAUUAAGCAUACUUGAACACCUUCUUUUUUACCUCAGUUCUUCUUGUUCGACACAACGAAUCCCAUAAGACAAUGAAACAAAAGAAACCUCCUCCCCCGAUGAUUGCUCCAUGAAUAGACAAACGACAAAAAAUACUUGAAAUUGUGCCUUUCGAACCUUCGCUUUUUGUUCUUCUUAAAUAAAGUUUUGUUUUUUUUG